UCCCUAGGUCCCCAUACCCUCUGGGGUGUGCCUGUGCACACGUGUGCCUGUCUGUCCCCGUCCCCUACUGUGCGUCUGGCUGGCCUUAGGCUCAUUUUUCUAGGAUUUUAUAAGGUCUCUCACCAUGGUAGUAGCUGAGCGCCCGUGUGUCCCCACAGCCUCAUGUGUGCCUGUUUGUCCCUGUCCCCAUGUCCGUUUGUGCAGGCGUGUGUACAUCCACACCCUGCUUCCUGUGCCUCCAUCCUGGGGAAGCAGCUGGAGUGGAAAUGCUCUUCCUGUCUGCGAAGGAGACUCCGGUUUGUUUUCUUAACUGAUAACGUUGCCCCUAGAUGAGGAAUGGCCAGAAGCGGAGAAGGCUGAGAAGCUAGCAAGAGGAGCUGCUUUGAAAUGGGCCUCGGGGGUGUUUUACCGCCCCGACAAGUUGGAGGGUCUGGGACACUACCGGAGCCGGGAAGCCCAGCGGAACAGCUCGAUCCAAUCCCGGCUAAAGUCGACCGUGCAGUCCCACCUCGAGGGGGUGAGCGCCGGGCUGGAGCAGCUGCGCUCGGCGGCUGGGGACGUGCGGAGCGUGCGUCAGGACCUCUGUGCCGUGCGAUGGCACCUGCUGGGCAGUGCCGAGGGCUUCCUGAGGCUGGCGCCGCUGCGGGCUGUGGUGACGGAGCACGCGCAGCUGGCUGCCGUCGUGCGGGCGCUGCCCCAGCUCUCCUCAGAGCAGCCGGGCGCCAGCUCCCGUGGGGUCCAGACUGUUGGAUCUCUCCUCUCCGCACAGUACACGAGCUCCUUGCCCAGUCCCUCCGUCUCCUCCACGGCCAGCAGCUCCUGGAGGCCCACGCCGGGCUCAUGGCGCUGGAGCGCCUGCGGGAGGAAAUCACCUCCCAGCUGCACAGCAGCGGUAGCCUCCCGAGCGACCAGGCCCUGGGCGUGGUGGAGUCCUUCUUCGCUGGCCUGCAGGAGCUGAGCGACGCACUGGCCCAGCAGCUGUGGCACAUCGUGGGCGGCGGCGUGAGGCUGGUGCGGGAGGACCCAGCCCUCUUCGUCUCCGCCGUGCGGAUCAUUGAGAGAGAAGAGAGUGUCGAUGAUGCCCUGCUGCUGGGUCCCCAUGCCAACCGCUUCCCCGCCCCUGGGCGCCCCAAAGCCUGGAGGCAGCGCUUCUACCAGGUCAUGCAGGAGACCAUCGCUGCUGCCCACUUCAAGGCUGCUCAUGUGGACGUGAAGGGCCCGGGACUGGGCCGGCACCUGGCCACGCUGCAGAGCAACAUCCUGGUGGAGCUGCGUGUGGUGAAAGACCUGAUGGUGCCGUGCUGCCCACCUCACUACAACAUCCUCAGCAUCUGCACCCACAUGUACCACCAGGGCCUCUCCGACUACCUGCAGGACAUCCUCAGCAGGGACCUGGACAAGCAAGAGAUCUUCAUGCUCCUCAGCUGGGUUCUGCAUGUGUACCAGAGCCCGGAAAUGAUGGGUCACCCAGACCUUCUCCCCGAGGUGGACGUGUCAACUCUGGGCCCCCUGGUGUCCCCAGAGGUGGUGGAGCAGAUGGAGAGGAAAUAUGUGGGGAAAGUCAAGGCCAGCGUGACUGAGUGGAUGCGGCGCACGCUGGAGGUGGAGCUCAAGGAGUGGUUCCGAGAGGAGGAACCAGAAAUGGACCAUCUGGGCUUCUUCCAGUCUGCCCUGCCCAUCAUCGUCAUGCAGAUGCUGGAUGAGAACAUCCGGGUGGCGUCCCUGGUCACGGACUCUCUGCAGCAGAAAGUUUACGCUAUGGCCAUGGACGAGCUGGAGGCCUUUCUGAUCAGCCUGCGAGAGGCCCUGGGGGAGUGCGGGAAGGAGCACCAGAAGGACCGAUCCAUGCCCAAGCAUUACAUCUCCUACCUGCUGGCCCUGCUCAACAACAACAUGGCGCUGAGCUCUUCCAUCUCCACUCUGCACCCUGGCAGUGCAUCUCUGGCCAAGCCCGCUGAAAUCCCCUCCUCCCUGCAGACUGCGCUGGACAGGGCCCAGAAGAAGGCCUGCCGGCUGCUGCUGGAGGAGCUGCUGCUGGAUUUGCAGCCCCUGUACGUGCAGCUGCCGUCCCGCAAGUGGCUGUCUGGGGCCCAGCUGGUGAACAGCAUGUGCGAGGUGAUCGACAAGUACAUGAGAGACUUCUCCCACGUCAGGAACCCCGUCUUCAAGUUCCUGCUGGCCGAGAGCGAGCACCUGGUCAUGAAUCACUACAUGCGGGCACUCAUGGAGAAGAAGAUGGUGUGCCGGAGUGCCGAGGAGCGGAUCCAGCUCUCCACCCGGCUGCUCCAGGAUGCCUCCCAGCUGCGGGAGCUUUUCCACAACCUGGUGAGGGAAGCUGCAGCCCCAGAGACACAAGGGCCUGGCCGAGAGCGAGCAGACCCUCGAGGUGAUAUUUGCCCUCCAGGAGCUCAUCCGCCUCCAGGACCCAGCCUUGCUCAGCCUGGAGGUCCUGGGAUUUAUGAAGAAAUACCCCGACAUCAGCGACGAGCACAUCUCCAUCCUGCUGGAUCUGCGGGGCGACGUCUCCAAGGAGGUCCGGAACGUGGUGCUGGAAAUGAUGGCACAGAAUCCACAGUCCCUGCCCGAAAACUACCAGCCCAUCUUCAGCAACAUCCUGGUCCCGGCUCCGGAGCUUCCCUUCUGCCUUCGCAAGGGCAAGUGUGCCUGAGACACGCACGCCGCAGCCCGGCUGUCUGCAGCCUGCCCUGGCCAGUGGUUUCUCUGAAUAACUGACCUCUGAGAGGCCCUGGGUGGGGCUGGGCAGAGACACUGGGUCUCUGCCGUGUAUGAGGCACUGUCUGGGCUCCAGAGACGUGGCAGGGAAAGCCUGGGCUUCAGCCCUGCUGUGCAGGGAGGAGAGGAGAGGCUUCCACACCUAUUCCCCGGUGGCUGACACCUUGGCACCUGCUUUGCUGGCGCCAGGGAGCCCUCAGCCCACUAAUCUCUGGGCCACAUAACCCUGGAUGGGCUGAACCCAGCUGUAGGUCUGGCCCUAAACUAUUAAACCACCAGAUUCAGCUCUGUCCAUUUGGGUCUCCAGGCCUCUGCUCCAGGCUGCUUUCCAGCUGCCCCCUCUGCUCAGCCCUCCCAGGGUAUGUGCAGCCCAGAGCCUGCAGGGGGGAUGGGCCAACCAAGGCAGGCAAGCAUGGCAGCAUCACAGAGCUAUGGGAGCAGAAAGGGAAUUUCCCCAGGAUUCCAUCCCCAGGUCCAGCCACAACUGCCCUUCCCCUCCCCUCCCCACUCCCAUGCACUGGAGCAUGCCCAGGGCAGUCUGUUCCCAAGCUGUGCUGGAGGCCAGCUCAGAGCAGGGCCUGGCAGGGUCUAACUGGGCUGGGCAGAAUUCAGUUCCUGGUUUAUAAUUCUGAUGCAUAAUAUUGAUGUUGAAGCAUUUUUUUAUUUUGAUCUAUUUAAAUGUUCACAGCUGCAGAAAAUGAGGGGGGAAGGGGGGAGUCAGACAGUGGAGGGGUCAGACAACAAUUAUUUAGUGACAGUGGACGUUGAGAUUCCCCCAGUUAAAGCUUUAAUGCCAUUAUGAGACAACCCGUCAACAUCCCAGAAUAUACACAGUAAAGACCUUUCAAUCAAACUCAAAG